UUAAGGAAUAUAUUUUAUCUUGUAAUUUCUACGGAAUACUAUUUACAUAUCCAACAUUGUAUAAUGACUUCCAAUUCAAAAUAUGACGUCACACCUGCCGCUACGUCACUUGAUGACUUCAUGAACGACGAACAAAAAAGAAAACAACAGAAAACGAAACUGUCUCUUGCUGACUAUCGUAUUACGUUCACAGUUGCGGGUGGUGUAAAAUAUGUUGAACUUCCCGAAAUAUUCAAGGAAUGUAAGGUGACAAUAUUACAUGACGAAACAAGAAAAUCGCGCGAAGGCGACAAUGUUGAUUGUUACGUAGAAUGCAUCGUAUCAGAGCCUAUCGAUGACGUCAUAGCACAGUUGAAUGAAUUUGAAGAAAUUUCGAACCUGAAAUUUGAAAUGAUACCAGUUCUUAAGGGUCCCCACCCCGAUACCAUUGCUUGGUUUCCGAGAUGUUUGGCUGAUCUGGACCACUGCAGCGGGAAUGUCAUACUUUGCGGAGAACUGUUGGAUGCUGAUCAUCCGGGUUUCAAAGACACGGAGUACAGGAAACGAAGAUCUUACUUCACAGAAGUUGCCUUGAAUUAUAAAUAUGGUGAUCCAAUACCAAGAAUUGAAUACACAACAGAGGAAACAGAAACUUGGCGCAAAGUGUACAGUGAGCUGAUGACUCUUUACCCGACUCACGCAUGCAAGGAACAGAUGGUUAACCUUGAACUACUGGAAAAGAAUUGCGGAUUCAACGGAGCUAGCGUUCCUCAGCUGGCUGACGUGUCGGCUUUCCUACAAAAGCGCACGGGAUUCACACUGAGGCCUGUGGCGGGAUUUCUGAGCCCACGUGACUUUUUGGCAGGACUUGCGUUGAGAGUUUUUAACUGCACGCAAUACAUGAGGCAUUCAAGCAAUCCGCUCUAUACACCAGAACCUGAUGUUUGCCACGAACUGCUAGGCCACGUGCCUCUGUUUGCUGAUCCAAGUUUUGCCCAGUUUUCACAUGAGCUCGGCUUGGCAUCUCUGGGCGCAUCAGACGCUGAUAUUAAAAGAUUAGCUUCGUGCUAUCUAUACACCGUUGAAUUUGGUCUCUGCAAGGAAGAAGGGAAGAUCAAAGCCUACGGUGCAGGGUUGCUGUCGUGCAUCGCUGAAAUGAAGCAUGCGCUGACGUCACCAGAAAAGAUAAAGAAGUUCGAACCGGAAGUAGCAGCGAAUACAGAAUCUUACGUAACAUCCUUUCAACCUAUUUAUUUUAUGUCGGAGAGCCUCGAACAAGCGAAAGACAAAAUGAGAAAUUUUGCAAGCUCGAUCGAAAAGCCUUUCAAAUUGAAGUUUGAUGACGUCACCAAUUCAAUACACGUCAUCGAAAACAUGGUGGAAACAACGAAAAAAUCAGACUUGAUUGAGAGAGUUUUCAUCAAGACGUCAUCAAGCGAUUGUGAUGUCAUCAAAACAUUGUAGUGACGUCAUUAAAUACACGUUGUGAUGGUUUUGAAUAGAUCUCUCAAUCAAAUCGUAUAAUUUCCUGUACAGCGUAUAGACCCUAUAUUAGUUCCAAAUAUGUAUGUUUGUGAUUGUCCGUUAUUUAUUGCAACUGCUAUAGCUUUACUCUUCUUAGAAAACUGAAAUUUCAAGCAAAACGACGGUCAUUUCUAAUAGCUUCCCUGACAGUGUGACUUGAAUUAUUCCACGUGCCAGUUCAGACAUAAAAUCAUAAAUUCCCAUGAAACGUUUUCUGAAACGAUCACCGCGAUUUCGCCUACCCUCUUCCUGACUGCGUAAAUGACGGGACUAGGGUCAUCUUUUCACCGCUAGCAAUGCCACUGUGCUUUAGUGUUUACUUUCACGUAAUAGAUGCUUUUUCGAACGUUCAUAUCAGAAAACACAUUUCUGUAAUUCAACAUUGUCCUAUUGGAAACAAAAUGAUCUAAUUCUAAUGGAUUGUUUUGCCCACUUGCAAUUGAUAUUUCGCGCCAAAAAAUCCCCUUUUUCGCUAAAUAAUGUGACAAUCAAUUCCAUAUUUACUUGAAGUCGCUAGAAUGUUAUUUUUUUUCAUUGGACCAAAUAAUCGCUUCAAAGUUAGCUUAUGUUGCGGAUAUUGCACCACCAAGUAGCAUCACGAUUGUCGACUGAUAUUUUCAGCAAACUCUCAGUUUAGGCGCCACUGGCAACUUCUUAUCCAUAUAUUUAAGCAUUGCUUUUCUGACCUUAUGCAUCGUUUCUUCGUCUACUUUUUUUCAAUAAAUGUAAAUUUUAACAACAAA